UUGUUACAUUUUUGUUGUUUAAAUUUUAACUGCAGGAACAAAUUGAAGUACUUAUGACUGAAAAUGAGAAAGAUGAAUCUGGACCAUCCACAAAUGAUGCUAUUGGCAAAGUAUUUGGGGAGGAGCAUUCUAAUAGAGUAUGAUGCAUGGGAAUGAGAGCAACACCUACUAAUACUUUCAGAAAUGCCAAUCACCCUAGCCAAUUAGCUAAUUCUUCAACUUCAAUGUCAUCUACUACCAAUUACUCCCAAGCUGAUUUUAGACAUUUGGAGUCUAAAUUUGAUGGGACAUUGACUGCAUUCAAGGCUUAUUUUCUCGCUAAAGAAGGAAGAAUUCCUGUUAAACUUACUAGUAUAUUUGACCAUGGAACUCAGGCUAAUGAUGUUGAGAACAAAACUAUUAUACCGCCAACAGGAAUAAUAUCAUCAGAUGGAAGCGAAGAAAAUCGUCAAGACAUUGUUUAGUAUUGCUUUAAAGAUUGAUUAGUUGUUUAUUGUUGCACAUUUGUUAGGGU